AUGGAAAAACAAGAUGCAUUAAAAGAAAAAGACGAGUAUAAUGAAAUGGCGGAGACUUUGGAAAUGGCUGAAGUGAAAGCAGAAACACUUCAAUUAGAAUUAGACCAAGCAAAAGAGCGUAUUGAGGAAUUAACAGUAGAUUUAGAACUCUUAAAGGCUGAGUUUGAGAAAGGAAAUGUAAGUGAAGAGGGAGGAGAUGGUGCCAAUUCUUUCAAAGUCAAGCAACUUGAACAACAAAAUGUACGUCUUAGAGAUACACUAUUCAAAUUACGAGACUUAUCCGCCUACGAGAAACACCAAACACAAAUCUUACAAAGAGAAAUCGAAGAAAUGACCAAACAAUUUAAUGAUUUACAAAAGUCUAAUGAAGAACUAGCAUCUCAAGUUAAUGAUUUGCAUGAACAGUUGAUGCAGCUUUAG